AAUGCCAUUUAAAUAGCGUAACACAGUGGCAGCAAAGUGUAUUUAAUAAAUAGUGUUCAAUUUGCAAGAAGAAAACAUAAAACUGCGACGCAGCCUCCAAAGUAGCGACCCACCACACUUUUUAUAUGCUGUAAAAAAGGCCAGAAUAAUGGAGCAAAACUCCAGCGUAAAUGCAGCCGAUCAGGAGCUGGAAGUGAACUGCAGUGGAACAGCGGCAACAACAGCCGUCGCUUGCAGUAGCAGCGGCGGCAGCAGCGAUAACAUUAGUGCCACACAUGAAUUCCAAACCAUGAAACCGGGCGCUGGCCAAAAGCAACAACAGCAACAAAUGCUACAAUUGGGCAAUGGACGAAUGGAAUUGCCGCAUAGCGAGCUGGUCAAGAUGCUCUACUAUCUCGAGGGUGAGCUGCAGGCAAGGGAUGUAUGCAUUGCUGCAUUGCGAAAUGAACGCGUCAAGCAACUAAUUACACAGUUGCGUACAAAGCGAGUGCAACCAAAUGAUCCAUAUGCAUCGCUCUUCCGCGACAAGAUCGCCCUGAACGGAAAUUUAAUAUCGAGGGAAUCCUCGACGCAGGCGGCACAAGCCGAAAUGGAAGUGCGCCAGAUCAUUGAACAGCAAAUGGAGCAACAGUAUCAGAUGGUCAGCAAGCAGCGGGGCACGCAUGUUCGCAUGGUUAACAUUCUCACCGAAUCGCUGGAGAACAAUCAGCGCAUGCUGCAGCAGCUGGAGGAGGAGCGGCGGAAGCAUGAGCAUGAUACAGCACAGGGCGAUGAUAUUACCUAUGGGCUGGAAGUGGAGCGCACCAAGUUGCGACAACAGCUGGAGGCGGAGCAUGCACAGGUCGCGAACCUGGAGAAAGAUCUCAAGAAGCUGCAGGAGACGCUCGAAUACGAGCGCAAUAGGCAAAAGCAGAUCGUGCUGCUUCUGAUCGCCGAGCGCAAGAAGAUCCUUAUGAAGUACAUUGAGGAGGGCAAACGUUCCGAGGAUCUAGCUCAAAUUCUGGCGGAAGAGAAGCAACGCUCUGAUACCAUUGCCGAAGGACUCGAGGAGGAGAGCAAAAAGUCGCUGCGCAUGGAGGAGGAACUGGAAAAGCAAACGCUAUCCAUGGAACUGGAACGCAAGACGUUGUUGUCCAAAUUGUCCAAGGAAGAGCAGCGUGUCAAGGAGCUGGAACAGGAGCUGAACACGUUGCGUGGCGAUCACGAAGCAUUGAAGAAGAUAACGCAACAGCAGCAGCAGCAGCAGCAGAUGGGGGCAAGUGGCUCAACGGUCGGUGGUGCCUCCAAGACGCGUCAGUUUAGUGAAGACGCAUGUGCCACGCCCAUGGUAAACAUUGCGAAAAUCGUACAACCAACCGCAACGGUGACCAGCAUGCCGGUCUCGGGUCCCCAGACGGGCAUCGCACGUUCGAUUGUGCCCGGCCAGAAUAUACGCAGCGCCGCCGUUGGUAUUGCCACAGCGCCAACGGGGAUCGCCAGCGCACCCACAGUGCCCUCGUCAUCAUCAUCAUCAUCAGCAGCAGCAGCAGCAGCUACCCUGGCUGCCGUCAAUCACAGCAGCAGCAGCAGCACAACGGAUGGCCAUGUCGGUGCUGUUGUAGCUGCUGCUCCACCAUCGCCCUCGCCGGCUAAAAUGCAACCGACGGCGACCAUACAACGUGCGCCGGGCGGCAAAUAUGCAGCAUUGGCUGCUGCCGCUGCGUUGGAUCAGACGGCAACACCACCGCAUCCACAUCCUGUGCCCAUUGCUGUGCCACCGGUGACAGUGCCACCGGCUGGAGCACGGGGCGCCCCACCGCCUAUACCGACUAAGCCAAUUGUACCGCCCAAGCGGGAGCCAUCGCUGUCCCGUUUGGGCUCCAUAACAAGUGGCAGUACUGCGGCCACUGCCAUUGCCGCUGCAGCAGCGGCGGCAGCAACAGCUGCUGUGUCAGCCACAGCAACAACAACAAGCACGGCCGCAUCUACGUCGACAAGCGCUGCGGCAGCAGCUGUGGCGUCCGCGAGCAGCAUGGCGAAGCAUAAUUAGACACCCUACCUUCCUAGACAUCUUUCGACAUAUAUAUAUAUAUAUAUAAAUAUAUAUACAUAAUAUAUACGCGCAUUAUCUCCAUAUAGCAUAUAGCGAAAGCAAAAACAAAAACAUGAAGAAAAAUACUCAAGACCGAAAAUAGCUCCACUUAACAUUAUACUACUCAAAAUUAAAAUGGGUAACAAGUAUAACAUUCUUUGACCGUAUUUUAUGCCAAACUCAAACAGUCAAAAGCAACAUUUUUACUCAAUAAAUACGUAUGUGCCCACCCCACUUCCAUUCCCCCCCUCCCCUCCCCUCCACACCCACCAGCAAAAUGUGAAGGAUAUUAACUUUUAAAGUUAUGCCUCGUAUUUUUUACAAAUUCGUUUUUGUUCGUCCUGUGUACAUUGAGUUUGUUAAGCAUUUAGAUAAUAACAAAGUGCGUGUUUUAGUUCAUUUUUUUUCUUCACUCGCUUUGAAAUUGAAACUGUUUUCAAAUUUCGCUGGAUUUGUGUUAUAUGAUUCCGUGUGUAGUCGUUAGUGAAAUAACAUUUGUACAAGGCCGUGCGAUUCUCAUUAUCAUUAUAAACAAAAGGAAGCAGAACAUUAAGUAAUUAUAUGAAUAUAUAUAUAUUAUAUACAUACCCACAUAUAUUGUAUACGGACUACUCCAUUGUGCUCUGUGCGUUGUUUGUUAGUUCUUAGGUGCAUAAACCCUAAAAUCCUGUGCAGCUAUAUACACAUGAACUACAUCUAUGUAUUUUUACCUAUAGAACAUUUUAGGUUUUUAAUUUCGUUUUAAGUUCGGCUUAAGCAUUUUAAU